UCCACAAUGAUGUUAUGGCUACAUGUAUAUAACUUCAUUCAUAUUUUUGUUGUUGAAGAAAUCGAAUAUAAAUACAUGCACAUUCUAACUCGCUUUAUUGAGUAUACACCAGUGUGAAGUUUCGCAGCUCAUACCCUCACGUAUUUCAAAAACUGACAUUUAUCAUCCAUGUGUACAUUGCACUUUCAUUUCUAUUGGAAUGCAGUCUUUAAAAUAGACAAAUCAUAGUCAUCAAGCAAUUCUGUAUCCUUACGCGCAUUAUUUACACCUGCGGCGCGUUCAUGAGGAAAUGUCUAUCAUUGAUAUGGAUGGACCGGCGGGUAACAGAGUUGUGUCCCUCUAUAAAACACAUUACAUACUAGUACCAAAUUGCUAGAGUUCGAAGAGGAUGCUAAAACACAAUACAUGGACACAUAUUCAUUUCAUAUUUCUCUUUAAAUUGACUAAAUCUUUGGAAAUUGAUAAAUGAAUGAAUAAAGAAUUAAUGAUUAGAACAAACUGAAUCCUGAUUUUAGUUUACUGUGUAAUGUCAAGGGCUGUAACUUCUUCAGUGAUGACCUCAAUCCAGUUUUACGUCCACACUGUACAGAGACAUUUCAUCAUCAGGACAGGAAGCACUUUUUUUUUACUUUAGUUUCAUUGCGUUAUCAUUUUGUUAUAUUUCUUCUUCCUUCGUCUCUUUCUUCUUCUUCUUUCUGUUCACCAAUUGUUUGAUCUUUUUGACUCUGCUUAUCGGGAUCGAUGUUCUACACCUUUUUAUUUUUUUUUUAACAUUUUAUUUUGCUUAUCAGAAUGUUUUAGACCUCUUGACAACUUGAUGUAUUUACUUAUCAGAAUGGUUUUGGUGUACCAUCACCUCUCCGAAUUGUUGCUCCUGGCCUGCAGCGUGUAAUGAUUCCGCCACGGAUCCAAUCGAUUGUGGACUAUCUGUUUCUAUUGAUUCGUCCGAUGUUUUACUGCCUCCACGAUGUAGUACUCCAUAAAAUGAAGAAUAUGCUUUUCCCUUGGUGUAGUUCCUAAAGCGUUGUGAAAAAUUUCUGCAAGAUGAUAAAGAAGCGAUGGAAGCGCGUGGUCCUCACAUUAGGCUUGAUCAUCGCCACAGCGCACCUGUAUUUAUCACUUUUUGCAGUUCAGGAGAGGACCUUUAUACGGGAGGGGCGGCGUCUGGACUCCUACGUCAUACGCGGGAUCUCUACUCUUCAACCUCCCAAGGUCACUGGCCAUGCAGUAGUCGCCAUAAAUAUGGACGGCGGUAUUUUUUAUAGACUAAACGAAACACUAUCAACGAGAAAUCCAAACCUUCCAGCCUCGGCAGACAUGAUUUCUAAUGUAACACAUAGUACAAGGCACACACCCCACACUCUAAAAAUAGCCUCUGUGGAUAAUGACAAGGUCAUUCAGAUAUUGAUAAUAGCCUACAUACGAAGCGGAUCGUCCCUGACGGGGGAUAUUCUACAACAGGAUCCGGAUUCUUUCUAUGUCUAUGAACCCUUACAUUUCACGGAGAAGAUGGGGAAAAAAAUCAAGAAAGUUCAACUGCUGAAUGGCAAAUUUGUAAAUAUUGACAAGCCACAAUUCUACAACCGCUCAUUCACAAUCAUGAAUUCGUACUUCGACUGUGAUUUGUCUGCCCUUGACUUUAGAACUUUAGUUCAUGGAUUCCAGACAUUUGGAAAUAAGACCAAUCGAUUCAUUCAGUGCUAUGUGAAUAAAACAGGGCAGAAGAUCAACAAAAGACUAUCAGCUCAACUCUGUGGAGUAGAACUGAAGGAAAUGUGCCAAAAGUCCAAGUUCCGGGCCAUUAAAACAAUUAGGAUCCCUAUGCUUUAUGCUGAGGUUUAUCUGAAGAGAUACCCGAAUCUAAAAGUCAUUCAUCUGGUUCGGGAUCCGAGGGCUCAAGUUAACUCAAUAGAUUCUUUGGCAAAUACAACGAAAUAUAAUAGAGGAUUUGCUAAGCAGAAAUGCGGUGCAAUGGAGAGUGACUUCUAUUACUCGGAGCUAUACCGUACCCGGUAUCCGGGCCGUGUUAUGCGCCUGUACUAUGAGGACCUGGCGUCUAGUCCCAUACAAACCUCUAAAUCACUGUAUGACUUCACCGGCAUGAACUUUAACCCGGUGGUCCGUGACUAUAUCAGAAGUAUCACUAGUACUGGUGUGGACAGCUGUGCCAUUUGUAGCAAGCGUGCAAACUCCUCAGAACACGUACAAAAAUGGCGCCAUAAAAUGGGAUUCUCUGAUGUUCAGCUUAUUGACAAAGAGUGUCAGAGCGUGUAUGAUCACUACGGAUUUCUUCCUGCGCGGACGGAAGAGGAACUGAGAGACCUUAAUAUUCCCUUAAGACGGACAUAUGUCAAAAACUCACCAAUAAAGUAAUUUUGUACAGAG